AUGCCAGUUGAGACAAGAAAGGCGAAAGCCGCAAGAAUCGCCCGGGAUGUGGCGGAGCGUAAGACUGUCAUGCCAUGGGAGUAUGACCAGGAGGCCUUUUGCAGGGGCGAGCCCAUCGUCGAGCACAUGAUGCGAAUCCACAUUUUAACCUCGGUAUGCCGACAUAUGCGAUACGAAGUAAUCGCCGAGUAUUUCAACCGGGCACAAGCGCACGUAACCCACUGCGCCGGCAGCUUCUGGACCGCAAGCGAUGUUCGAGUCCUUGCCGCCAUGCGGCACCUCAAGGCAUCGAGCCUCUUUACGAACCAUAUGCGACACAUCCAUCUCACCUGGCUUCCCGACACCGUGAGAGGCUGGAUUUUAUGGGGCAGUAACAUGGGCAGGUGGGCGAGUCCAGUUCAUGGCUUGAUCCCGAUGAGAAACACAAAGCCAAGAAAAGGGCUGCGCCAGGUCAACACCUUGGAGUGGCUGGCAAGCCUGAAAAGCUUGCAGACGUUGGAGAUCGGGUUUAUGGACGUGUUACCUGGCUACCGCAAUAAUCAUAUCUUCUUUGGCCGAAGCACUCUGGAAUGGCGGGAGUUGCUCAGACUGCCCAAGCUGGAGUCAAUCUCUUACAGGCUCUACUCUGCCCCCAGCCGCAAGGCGUUUACCAAGAACUGGGAGGACCUGGAAAGCUUUCGUUGGUACAAGAACGCACUUGCUGAGCAUCUCUUAAAGGAUCCGGCUGUAGAGGACACGGAGAAGCUGGCUUCGCCCCUUUCUUCCGAUCAAAAUUGGCACAAGUUUUAG